AACGAAGCGAUCCAUAAAUAACGUGACAACGAAUGAGUGGUGGGAUUGGAGUUAACGUUGAGUUCGAGAGGAGUUGUCAGAGGAAUGAAUGCAAUGAAUGAGUGAUUCAGUCAUUGAUUGCAUGUAUUUCUCUCUGCCUUUCAUUUGAUCCGCGAAACCAAUCAUUGAACACAUAUUUAGCGACAAUUUAUUAGACGUUUUGGUCUAUUAUUUAAUAUUAUUUGUGUUUUUAGUGUUUAAUUACCAUUACUUCAGACAUUUCUAUCGCUGUUUCAGUCGACAACUCCUCUGAUUUGGUGCCAAACAGUUGUCACAAACAUAUCAUCCGUUUAGUCGCCGAAACCCAUUGAUUGACCACAGAUUUGGCCGAACCUAUCGGACAAGACAUACGACCAGAAGUAGACGACAAGUAGACGACAAUGAUAUCGGCCGAAGGCGUGACACAGGAGUCGACCCGAAGGUUGGCCACUAAGAAGCAGACACUGGACGACGCGUACGCCAUUCCCGCCAACUUCCUCGAGAUCGAUGUCGUCAACCCUAUCACCCAUGGAAUCGCUCGCAACCGAUACUCGGACUAUGAGGUCCGCAUGAGGAGCAAUUUACCGGUGUUUAAGCUGAAGGAGUCGAGCGUUAGGCGAAGGUAUAGCGACUUCGAGUGGUUAAGGAGUGAGUUGGAGAGGGACUCGAAGAUAGUGGUGCCGCCACUGCCGGGCAAGGCGUGGAAGAGACAGAUGCCGUUCCGCAACGACGAGGGCAUCUUCGAGGAGGACUUCAUCGAAGAGCGGCGCAAAGGUCUGGAACAGUUCAUCAACAAAGUGGCCGGACAUCCAUUGGCGCAGAACGAGCGGUGUCUCCAUAUGUUCCUUCAGGAGCCGGUCAUUGACAAGAGCUAUGUUCCCGGAAAGAUCCGCAACACAUAAACCACACAUACAUAGCGUUAUUAUUAUUAUUAUAUAUUCACUACAUAUUUGUUACGAUAUUUAAGUAAAUUUAAUGAUAAGAAAACUUCUUAAGAGAAUGAGAGACAGGAAAACAGAAAACAAAACCAAUAAUCAAAUGACAUUCGC